CGCGCAAUAUAUAAAAAAAAGUUCUAGAAUUUGAUUGUCAGCAUCAACUUUUUCAGUGUGCCGCUCUUCUUGCGGGCGCAUGUAGGUAUUAGAAGUCGAUAGUAGUAAAAAUUUAUCUUAAUUUUAAUAUUUUUUAUAUUAUAAUCGGUUGGCAAAAUGUGGAAGUUUGUAACUCGUGGUAUUCGUGAAACUUUAGAACGUCGUGUAUGUCGUACAAAUGUUUAUUACCAAACAUCUCAAGAUCCAAAUUCAAAAAAUGAGGUUAAAACAAGUUUGACAUAUAAUCAUAAAUUUUUACCACCAACUUUUUCCAUCUUUAAUAAAGAAUUUUGUGGCUCAACAAAAACUAGUGGUACAAAGGACAAAAAUCAUGAUUCCAAGUGGAAUACAAAAUAUACUUGGUCAGAAGCCAUAGGAUGGACAAGUGUAUUAGCUAUUGGAUGGGUAGUAUGUCAAACCUUAUGUCUUCAUAGAAGAUUAUUUGAAAAAGAAAAAACUGAUUCUUUAAAAAAUAAACUAUUACAAGUGCCAGAAACAUAUAAUUCUUACUUAUUUGAUCAAGUAUUAAAUUUAAAACCACAUGUUUUACCUCUUAUUAAUUGUAUUGGCAAUAGUAAAAUAUAUGCUCAAGAAAAUAAUGAAGAAGAAUGGAAAGCUAACAAGCCAUUUGGACCAAUCACUAAUGAAGAGGUUCUAAAAGAAGCUACUGAAGAAUUUGCUAAUGCCCAUAAUUUUACCGUGGCUGAAUUUGAACUUCAUUAUGGUUUAAAAGCUUUAGAAGAGAGACGUUACAAGGAUGCUAUAAGACAUUUUACUGCUGGUGCAAAUUUAUCAUCUGCUGCUAGUAUGUUCAAUUUAGGACUUUGUUAUGAAUUAGGGCUUGGAACUUUAGUUGAUUAUGCACAGGCUGCAAAGUAUUAUAAUGAUGCAGCAGAACGAGAUCAUGCAGAUGCUACAUAUAACUUAGGAGUUUUUUAUGCUCAAGGCAGAGGUGGUUUUACAAUAGAUAUUGAUAGAGCUCGUAGCUAUUUUGUUAAAGCAGCAAAGUUAGGACAAAGCCAAGCGCAAUAUGCGUUAGAUUUAGAAAAACGUUAUUACCAAGCUAAGAAAAAAGAAACCGAUACAAUUUUUCCAGAUGAACAUAAAAAUAUGUUGCAAAGUAUGCGAAAUAAUAAAAAUAUGAAUUAUAUUCUUAAAAAACUAAUUAAUUAUAAUAGUACUUUAAAUAUCCAGUCACAAGAAAAUUUUUUAGAAAAUUCUGAUCAUAAACAAUCUAUAAUAGAAUAUAUAAAUCCUGCAAAAUUAAUUUCAAAUAUGUUUAAUUUAGACAAACCAAAAAUAUUUAAUGUUUCUAUAGAAUCAAAUAAUUGUAAUGUAUCCUAUUAGGCUAUAGCAGAAUUAUUGAAUGUAAAAAUAUAAUAUUAUUUGUAUAUAGAUUAUAUGGAAUUUUUCAUAAUGUU